AAUGUGAAAUUUCAAUAAUUAUUUCAAGGUGAAUUAUGUCAGGAACGGAACUCCACGGUAUUUACAUGUGUUUCUGACUUUAAUUCUGGCUCUUGGGUCUAGGAGUAGCUGCGUAGCAUCAUCUUGCUUUGUUUCACACAAUGUCGGGCGAAGGACGAGUUCUCAAGAGAGCAAACCCAAAGACAAUACAGGACAAAUUCCUAGUUGGAUAUCAAGGAUGGUUUACCUGUCAAGGAGAUGGCGAACCCUGGGAUCCUAACCACCAUGGGUGGCUGCACUGGUUCGAUAAGCCAAUCCCAGACGGUGGACACCCCAAUACCGAUCUAUGGCCAGAUGUAUCUGAUUACUCCCCAUCCGAACUGUACCCUGCCCCAGGUCUCAAAAACGCAGACGGAGAACAAAUGUUCCUAUUCUCUUCGCGCCACUCGAAGACGGUGAGACGCCAUUUCCACUGGAUGGCGUUGCACGGUGUCGAUGGCGCGUUCUUGCAACGAUUUGCAGGCCAAUGCGACUUAGAUGCGGGCUCAGUAAUGAGGAAUCUCAGAGAUGAAGUAGGUGAUCGUGUUCGAGAGGCUGCUGAAGCAGAGGGAAGGGUCUUUGCCAUCAUGUAUGAUGUCUCGGGUGUUCACCCAGACAAGAUUCAGCGAGUGCUCGAGCAAGAUUGGAUACAUCUCAUGCAUGAUAAAUCUAUUCUAGAUAGCCCAAAUUAUCUUCGCGAAAAAGGCAGCCCGGUCAUAGCUCUAUGGGGUUUUGGUUUUAACGAUAGAAACCACUCACCUGAAGUCGUACGAUCUAUCACCAAUUUCUUUCGUUCCUCUACGCCAGGCGGUGCUUACCUUAUGGCAGGCGUGCCUGGACACUGGCGCACAUUGACAUCUGAUAGCGACCGAAACCCCGAGUUCUUGCGAGUUUGGACAGAGGAGUUUGAUGCAUUAAGCCCUUGGACCAUCGGACGUUAUGGAAACGAAGAGGAUGCGGAACGCUGGGGGAAUGAAAAAGUCAAACAGGACUUUGAUUUCUUGAAGCAAAGAGGAGAUGAAGGCAAAAAAAGAGUAGAUUACAUACCCGUAGUACUUCCUGGAGGCAGCGGUUAUAAUCUUUCUGGCGGCCAAUGGGGACUUAAUGACAUAAAGCGCAACGGGGGGCACUUUCUCUGGAAGCAAAUAUAUGCUGCUCGACGCGCAGGGGUGCGCAUCAUUUACGGGGCCAUGUGGGAUGAAUAUGACGAGGGAACAGCAUUCAUGCCUGUUGUCUCUUCUUCAAAGCAACUUCCUGUUCACCCACAGUUUAAUUUUCUAGCGCUCGACGCCGAUGGCUAUUCACUCCCUUCAGACUGGUAUAUGCGCAUAGCUGGUUUCGCCGCUGAAUCGUUACGCGGUGAUCGAAUGAUACACGAUACAUUUCCCCUCAAGGAGUUACAGGAUUAUUGGGCAACACGCCCCAGGUAUGAAGAUAAAACAGCUCACGAGGAAGAGGCGGAGCAACGGAAGGAAGUUCAACGAGCAUAUCACGAUUGGGCUGCCAAAGCGGCAGAUGCAGCGGCAGAUGAGGCUCCUCCACCAUAUAGGCUGGAAGAUGAGGUACACAGACAAAGUCCUCAAACAAGUGGUGCACUCAACGUCAGACCAGUCCCACCUGAAGCCACCAAGCCCACCCUUGGCCGUCAAUCCAGUGUCUCAGCCUCUUUUGUGUCCCCGCCGCCUGUUCCAGCCAGGAGUCCAUCUCUAACCACGAGCUCGUCGUCAGCGAGCAGCCGACCUCCUGCCAUCAACAUGAGUUCUUACCCGGCUCCAAUAUCAACAAGACCGAUGUAUCCCCCCGAUAAGGUGAAUGUGGACAUGCGUCCCCAUCAGCUCUAUCAGCGUUCAAGCCCCUCGCAUUCCAUUGUUAGACCUUCCUCUCGAAUUUCUUUCCCCCUUCCUUCACCUGCAUCUCCUAAUGUGGCACAUUUGGCUGAUUAUCUCGCCCGACAGAAUUUAUCACAUCAUCCGUCAGAAGUCAUCCCAGGACCACAGCAAUCCUAUGCGUCAGGAAUUUCAUCCUCGGUCAUGCAAAUGCCUUCCGCGGAGGCAAGCCUAAGGUGUUCUAGCACGUCACCCGCAAUCCCACCAGUUUCUCCGCGCCCGCCGGCUCCACCAGCACCGGUUGCAUCAUGGUCCCAAUAUCCUGGUCAACAGCAUCUCCACUAUGCCCCUUACAAUCAUCCACCUGUCCCACCCCUCGAUUCCCACCCUUUACCCUCACCCCAGGGUAAGCCUUCCGUUAUAGGCGGACCAAGAUAUGAUCGACAUGAUACCAGUACACAUUCACACGUCGCCUCUUACCCCCGCGUAGAACAAUUCUAUCCGAACACACCUCCAAAUUCUGGUGUACCUCAUGAAACUUACAUGACAACGAGCAUGCCACCCGAUCCCUACCCAUCCUACCCCGCACCAAAUUCACUUACCCAAGACCAGUUCCAACAACACUUUUCGCCCGCACAACCUCCUGGUGGUUCGCAUUCUCCUCGACCGUUCCCUCCACCUGAAUGGGGAAACCCAAACUCGCCUCCGCCCCUAGUACACCAUAAUAGGCCUCCCACGCACCCGCAAACUCAGAGCUAUUACGCCCCGAACCAGCCGGCACCGAAUUGGACAGGCAACGGUGGAGGAGGUGGGUUCAAUCUCGCGGGGCGCGCACUAAACACGCUAGAGGGCAUCGCGGGAAGGGAUGCGAGGAGACAGGUGGAGAAUCUUGCGCAGAGUGGGCGGGUCGAAGCUGCUGAACAAGUUCAAAUGAUGUUAUCCUCCUAG